AAGCCACUGGCAGAGACAGCGGCUACGACUCUUUUACGACGAUAAGAAGUACAGAACGCAAUCAAUGGCGGAUUUGAUUUCUUUGUUGACUUUUCCGAAGACGUCUAAUGGGUUCACUGCGUUGCGUUCAGCGAGCGAAGUGGUAGAUGACGGGUCGGCACCUCCUCCUCGCAAGACACCCCGCUUGGACGCCGACUCUGACUCUGCAUCUGCAUCUAGGUUUCGCAACAAGGGCAAAAAUGUAGAACAAAACGGUCCCUUUAAGAUGGAGAUCCGUGGGUUCGCUCCGGCACGAAUCCCUGAAAGCGUCUUCAACGCCGAAGUUACACUCUUGAAUAGAUUCAUUGAGACAGCUCUAGGAAACUCCGAUAUCAAAUAUCUUCCAGCAUCUUAUGAAACGAUCUAUUGUGCUUGUCGAUCUCUCAUUUGUGCUGCACAUAGGGGUGAGGCAUUGUAUGGGUUCACUAAAAUACAGCUCGAAAAAUGUACCAGUCGUAUUGCACGCGAAUUAGAGCAGAAUAGAGACAGAGGCGUAGAUUGGAUUGAUCAGUUUGUGCAGGCAUGCUCAUGGUUCGAAAAGCAAGUAGCACUUCUUCAAUCUCUUUUGACAUAUCUAGAUCAGGCCUAUGUCCUGAAAACCCCGACGUUAUCCACCACGCGUGUCCUCGCAUACUCACUUUUUAAGCGAAGUAUCCUCGAAAACAAGGUAGUCAUCGACAGGCUACGUUCUGGUGUGGAAGCGUGGGUCACGAAGGAGCGCAAUUCCAAACUCCCGCACGAAAAGCGAAAUGUCAUCAAAUCCCUUGUACACCAUCUUGUAACCCAUCACGUGUAUAGCACGAUCUUCGAGACCUUUUUCAUUCAACAGACCGCUGCGUUCUACACUGCCGAAUCACACCAGAAAGUGGAAGUAGACAAGAUAGAUCCGCAACUUUUCCUUCAUCAUUGUGACGCCAGAAUUAAAGAGGAGGAGGGGAGAGCAAAGACCGUUCUACUCGAAGGGACUGUUAAUGCAGUGGCGGAAACAGCUCGGCAAGCCCUCCUGGAGGGAAGGUUGGAGUGGCUAGCGAAAACAGCGGUGGGCCCAUUAAUGGGCAAGAAAAAAGUUGAAAAUCUUACUCCCAUGUAUGGCUUAUUCUCCAAGGUCAAUGGAUUAAAGAUCCUUUGCGCCGAGUUUAAGUCUUACGUCGAGGUUACCGUACGAGACAUCGUUAAUGACAAAGACAACGAUGAACAGAUGGUAGACAAACUGCUAGAAUUCAAGGUUUUCACGGAUACGGCUAUCACUACGUCUUUUGCAGACUCGCUGCCCACUCCUACUUCCCAUGGUGUGGACCUUAAAGGACCGAAGCAAGUCAACCAAGAAUUCGCUUACGCAUUGAUCGACGCAUUCCAGAAAGGAUUUAGAGCGCGUCGAAAUAAACCUGCUGAGCUGAUUGCGAAGCACCUCGACCGUCUCAUGCGUCGAGGCCAGAGGUCGCUAUCUGACGAUGAGUUCGAAGCGAAGCUCGAUGAUUCGCUGGCGCUAUACAGAUUCACAGAUGACAAAGAUGUCUUCAGGACAUUCUACCAUCGUGCGCUAGCGAAGCGGUUGUUACUCGAACGUAGUGCAUCAGACGACUUUGAGAGGGCAAUGUUGAAGAAACUGAAAGAGAAGUAUGAUCCCGAGUUUGAUAUGGGCGAUCAAAUGUUUAAGGACCUUGCUCUUUCCCGCGAGACUAUGCGGGAAUUCCAUUCUCGUAUUGCGGACGACAGUUCAGCGUCUAAGCUCACUGUCAUGGUUCUUCAGCGUAGUGCAUGGCCAUUUGUUGCGAGGCAGAUAGACACCGAUCUUCCACCUUCUAUGCAAAGCGAUAUAUCUUCAUUCUCGACGUUUUACAAGAUAAAACAUCAGGGCCACAAGCUCGAUUGGGAUCAUGCGCUUGGGACGGCUACUCUGAAGGCCAAUUUCGCGGCUGGGACGAAGGAGCUUACUGUCAGUCUCUACCAGGCUGCUGUCCUUCUCCUCUUCAACGAAGAGACAGAGCUUGGAUACAGAGAGAUACACGAACACACGAGAAUGGAUGAUGCCGAGUUGAGACGGACGCUUCAAAGCCUUGCUUGUGGGAACAAGAAAGUACUUACAAAAGUACCCCCUGGACGUGAUGUGGAUGACGAUGAUGUGUUCCAUUUCAACCCGAACUUCACAGACAAACUUCGAAGAGUACACAUCAACACUAUUCAAGCAAAAGAGACGCCUGAGGAAUCAAUACGCAUGCAAACACACAUAGAGGGAGACCGAAAGCUCUAUCUCGACGCUGCGAUCGUGCGAAUCAUGAAAGCGAAGAAAGAGCUGCACUUCGAGCAACUCAAGGUGUUGACCAUCGACGCAGUGAAGGGCCAUUUCAUACCUGAUGUGCCCAUGGUCAAGCAGCGCAUCGCGGGUCUCGUAGAAAAUGAGUACUUGAGUAGAGAUCCAGACGACAUGAAUUUGUAUUUAUAUGUAGCAUAGCAUGAAGUGGGAGAACGGGGAGGGGACAAAUUAGGCUCUACAUCUCCUUCCAUGCAUAUAAAUACGACGCCCACGGUGAUUUGGGCGGGGCGUUGUAGACAGAUUGGCUAAUCACCCCCCUCAACAUUUUAUACCGAUGAUAUCCGCGCCAGUGUGAUACCAACAAGUUCAUGUUGAUAAAUUCCAUAUGCUGUGGGACGGACUACGUUGUAUAAGAAACAUCCUUGAAAAUGAGUUGUUAAACACAGUCAAAACUUACGAAGUUCCCGUUUCUGUAGGCUACAAAUGGCUCUCAAUGCUCGACUGGAUUACCCAGUUCCUACUGAUACAUCGACAUCGAUAUCAGCGUUGUUCAACAUGGUGCGAAGAACAUCUGCAAUUUGGGCGUGUAAGUUCUCUUGAAGUAUAUCAGUAUAACAGCAGUAAGACAGUACAGGGAAAAAAUAUUAAGGCACUCACUUGCACGAUUCACGGCUUGUAU